AUGGACGGUGCCGCCGCCUCCUGGUCAGCGCGCGCGCCUCGCCGGGCCAAUGGCAUGGCCCAGAGAUUCUGGUCAGCACAAACUGACAUAGCCGCCCUUGGGGCUGACGAUGGGAUUCAAAGCUCGCCGCCGGCGUGUUGGUCAGGCGGCGGACCUGCCCGUCCAGCCCGGCAGGUACAGAUCGCCAUCGAGCGGCACGAGAAUCGACUUGCCAUCGGGUGCCCAGUCAUAGGGCGACGACAGUCCUCGACCCGCCGAUGCGCCGCUCACGCUACAUCUUUUCGGCUUCCGGCAGUUCGGCGCCCAGGCCGACCUUUCUGGAGUCGACCAGCAUCCGUUCUCGCCAGUGCGCGUGUCACGCGCCCAGGAGGUCGAGCCGUUCCUUCUCAUCGGCGCGCGGGCGCAGCGAGGUCAGCAGCGUCCCGUCGGGCGAGACAGGCGCAAUCCGCGCGGCUGCGAUCCCGACAGGUCGGGGCUGCCGGAACGCAGGUCGAGGUCAGUUCGCCCACCUUCUCUAUUUCCGAUCAGCGGCCAUGGUCCCGGCGGACCCCCAGUCCGAACGCACCGAGACCCCGACCGAAGCCAGCGCCAGACCCAGCACCCAUUUGCGCAUCCAUAGCACUCAAACCAUCGUUCGCCGUAUCCCGGCGCAUGGCGCGCGCGUUAUCUAGCAGGCGUGCCCAUCCGUGGGGCGGCAUCCCGCGUCGGUCGGAAUACCGCCCGCCCGAAUAUUCGUAA